GGGAACGGUCAGGGUGAGGGUCAUGGUUGGGCUGGAGGAGCUUCAAGGGCUUUUCCAACCGUGAUAAUUCUAGGAUUCUGUGACUCGUUGCACAGCCUGCAAGGGGCACCUGGGCUCAGCACGUGGUGGGACACUGCCCACCCCAUCACAGCAGGUCAGGCCUCCUGCCCAUCCCCGCCACUGCUCUGGGCUUUGUUAUGCUGCCAGUUUGGGACCCAUGGCAAGGUCUCCCCCAAACAGCCAAUUCCCAGUGUUUUCACAGUGUUUCUCCUACUUGCAACCUGCUGCACUUCCUCUUUCCUUUUGAGGACAACCCAGAAACAAGCUCUCCUACCACAGAAAGGAGGAGAGCAGAUGGUCUUUGCGUUGUGCAAAUCCUUGUCCCCAGAGAACAUCCUGGGUCUCAGAAACACCUCAAAGCAGAGAGGGGGAGAGAAGAAGGAGCUGCAGCCAUCAGCAGCCACCCUUGCAGCAACUUUACACCCAGGACCCGCUCCCAGCUGGUGCAGCCAGUGCCAUGCAGGGAGAGGCUGAUAACCAACAGAGUGUGUUGAACCUGGUGGCUGUGUUUGAAGAGCACUGGGCCGGCAUGUUUGCCUGGAGGGACAAGCAGGCUCCACAUGGCCAGACUACAGCAACCAGCCAGCCCCCACAGCUUCCAGCAUCCCCUGCCAGCCAGAGCUUCUCCCAGACAGCUGCCAGGCUCCAAGAGGAGCAAGAGAACAAGGAGGAGGAGCAGCAGCAGGACCAGAGGAGGCUCAGCUUCAAAUGUGUCCGCUCUUUCCGACACAAGAUCAGUGAGGACAACUGGAGGAGGCGGCAGGGCCCAGGUCUUGAGCCUGGCAGCAAGGAACCAGAGGAGAAGAAAAUCGCUCUGGAGCUGCUGGAGACAGAGCAGGCUUAUGUCAACCGUCUCCACCUUCUCGACCAGGUAUUCUACACAGAGCUGAUGAAAGAAGCCAAAAACGGGAAGACGGUCCCAGAGGAGGUGGUAAAAAUGAUGUUCUCCAACAUCUCCUCCAUCUACCAGUUCCAUGCCAAGUUCUUCCUGCCAGAGCUGCAGAAGCGCAUGGAGGAUUGGAGCUGCAACCCCCGGAUCGGGGAUGUGAUCCAGAAGCUUGCACCGUUCCUCAAGAUGUACGGUGAAUACGUGAAGAACUUUGACAAGGCCGUGGAACUCAUCACUGUCUGGUCAGAGAAAUCACCACCCUUCCAGGAGCUCAUUGCUGACAUCCAGAAGAGGAAGGUCUGUGCUAACUUAACGCUGCAGCACCACAUGCUGGAGCCUGUGCAGAGGAUCCCGCGCUACGAACUCCUCCUCAAAGAUUAUGUCCGAAAACUACCCCCCGAGUCCCCAGACAAGGACGAUGCAGAGAAGGCCCUGGAGAUGAUUUUUAUGGUGGCCAAGCACUCAAACGCAGCCAUCGCCGAGAUGGAGCGGCUGCAGAAGCUCUGGGUGGUCUAUCAGCGGCUGGGCCUCGAGGACGACAUUGUGGAUCCCUCCAACGAGCUGAUCAAGGAGGGGCCAAUCCAAAAAAUUUCUACCCGCAACAAGAGCACAUCGGAGAAGUACCUGUUCCUGUUCAACAACAUGCUGCUGUACUGCGUGCCCAAGGUCAUCCAGGUGGGCGCAGAGUUCCAUGUCCACCUCCGCAUCGACAUGGACAGCAUGAAGGUGCAGGAGCUGAAUGACAUGCAGUUCCCUCACGCCUUCCUGGUCUCGGGAAAGCAGCGGACGCUGGAGCUGCAAGCCAGGUCUGAGGAGGAGAUGAAUGCCUGGAUCAAGGCUUUCCAAGAUGCCAUUGACAGGAAAGAGAAGAGGAGUGAGACCUUUAAGACAGCAGUCCAUGGGCUGGAGAUGGGCACCCCUGCACUGAAGGCAGAGGAGCUGGGCCGCCGAGCUCCUCAGUGGGUGCGGGACAACCUGGUGACAAUGUGCAUGCGCUGCAAAGAGCCCUUCAACGCCAUCGUGCGCCGGAGACACCACUGCCGGGCUUGUGGAUACGUGGUGUGUGCCCACUGUUCAGACUACAGGGCCGAGCUACAGUACGACAGGAACCGCCUGAACCGCGUGUGCCAGGAGUGUUACAUCUUCCUGACGGGCCACGUGGUGCUCGAGGACCGGGAGGGGAAGCACAAAGGCAUCCUGGAGAAAGGAGCCGCUGAGGUAUCAGGCAAGAGUUUGCUGUGCAGUUCCCUGCAGCUGCUGGACAAGAAUGGGAAGGGGGGCACACGGGGCUGGUUCGUGAUUCCACAGGAUGAUCCCCUCGUGCUGUACAUCUACGCAGCUCCCCAGGACGUCCGAGCCCACACCUCCAUCCCGCUCCUGGGCUACCAGGUGAAGGACCUGCCCCAGGGCGACUCCCGCCACCUCUUCCAGCUGGCUCAGUCCCGGCAGCUUUACACCUUCGUGGCCGACACCGAGGAGCUGAAGCGGCGCUGGAUGAGGGUCAUGGCGCGCUGCGCCGCGGGGAUCACGGGCCCGGAGGAGGGCGAGGAUGCAGACUCCGGCGAGGAAGCCGACUGAGGCCGUGCCCACUUCCCGCCCUGCCCGGUGGGUCAAACCUCCCCCCUGCCCCUCCUGCCUUUUGGGUUUUCAUCAGGAAAAGCCCAAGGCACCGGUACGGUUGUCACUGCAUGGACAAGCCAGAUCCCCCGUCCCCUCCCUCCUUGCUCGCUGCGGACAGAGACGUUGGAGGUACCCGAGCCGUGAGGGGCACCAGGGGGUUUUGGGGAGCCCGCGCCCCUGCGCCCGCUGUGCCGACAGCUGCCGCCCGAGGGCAGUAAUGGCUCAGCCUUGAGCCGAGCCUGGCCCCGGCAGGGGAUGGUGCAGGGGGGAUGCCCAGUCUUGUGAAAACAUCUGUGGAAUUGAGACUGUUCUAAUAAAUCCUACCUG